GCGCACGGCGGGGUCACGUGACGCAGUCUCUUUCCGGCCUCGCUUGCUGGUUGACUGUGCGCUCCUUGAGGCCUCUUGCCGCGUGAGGAGGAGAAGCACAGGCCGCCAUCAUGCCGGUCUACUUCCAGCGGCCCGAGAACGCCCUGAAGCGGGCGAACGAAUUUCUUGAGGUUGGGAAAAAGCAACCUGCACUUGAUGUACUCUACGAUGUUAUGAAAAGUAAAAAACACCGAACAUGGCAAAAGAUCCACGAACCGAUUAUGCUAAAGUAUCUGGAACUCUGUGUCGACCUCCGUAAGAGUCAUCUGGCAAAGGAAGGAUUAUAUCAGUACAAAAAUAUCUGCCAGCAGGUGAACAUCAAGUCUUUGGAGGAUGUAGUUCGGGCCUAUUUAAAAUUAGCAGAAGAAAAAACUGAAGCUGCUAAAGAAGAGUCUCAGCAGAUGGUUUUAGACAUAGAAGACCUGGAUAACAUUCAAACUCCAGAGAGUGUUCUCCUAAGCGCUGUUAGUGGUGAAGACACUCAGGAUCGUACUGAUCGGUUACUUUUGACCCCCUGGGUGAAAUUUCUAUGGGAAUCAUACAGGCAGUGUUUGGACCUUCUUAGAAACAACUCAAGAGUGGAGCGGUUAUACCAUGAUAUUGCACAGCAAGCUUUCAGGUUUUGUUUGCAAUAUACCCGUAAGGCUGAGUUUCGCAAACUCUGUGACAACCUGAGAAUGCAUUUGGGUCAGAUCCAGCGUCAUCACAAUCAAAGCACAGCGAUCAAUCUUAAUAAUCCAGAAAGUCAAUCAAUGCACUUGGAGACGAGGCUUGUACAACUGGACAGUGCUAUCAGCAUGGAAUUGUGGCAGGAAGCUUUCAAAGCUGUGGAGGAUAUACAUGGAUUAUUCUCAUUAUCCAAAAAACCACCAAAGCCCCAGCUGAUGGCAAAUUAUUAUCAUAAAGUUUCUACUGUAUUCUGGAAAUCAGGAAAUGCACUGUUUCAUGCAUCCACACUUCAUCGUCUUUAUCAUCUUUCAAGGGAAAUGCGAAAGAAUCUCACACAGGAAGAGAUGCAGAGAAUGUCAACAAGAGUCCUUUUGGCUACUCUUUCAAUACCAAUAACUCCUGAACGAACUGACAUUGCUCGACUUUUGGACAUGGAUGGUAUCAUUGUUGAAAAACAGCGGCGAUUGGCAACACUAUUGGGCCUUCAAGCCCCACCUACUCGAAUUACUCUUAUAAAUGAUAUGGUGAGGUUCAAUGUAGUACAGCAUGUUGUCCCAGAUGUAAAGGAGCUUUAUAACUGGCUUGAAGUAGAUUUUCAUCCACUGAAGUUGUCUGGUCGUGUGAGUAAGGUUUUAAACUGGAUAAGAGACCAAUCUGAAAAGGAACCAGAACUUCAACUGUAUAUUCCUCAUCUGCAAAAUAACACCAUCCUCAGACUGCUUCAGCAGGUGGCCCAAAUUUAUCAAAGCAUUGAAUUUUCUCGCCUGACAACCCUAGUUCCUUUUGUUGAUGCUUUCCAACUGGAACGGGCAAUAGUAGAUGCAGCUCGACAUUGUGAUUUGCAGGUUCGCAUUGAUCAUACGACCCGAACACUGAGUUUUGGGUCAGAUUUGAACUACUGCACUCGAGAAGAUGCUCCUCUUGGACCUCAGUUGCAGAAUAUGCCUUCUGCGCAGAUUAGGAACCAACUGACAGCUAUGUCAUCAGCCCUUGCAAAAGCUCUUGAAGUGAUUAAACCACCUCACCUGUUGCUAGAGAAGGAAGAACAACAUCAACAAGCUGUUACAGCUUACAUAAAGAAUUCAAAGAAAGAGCAUCAGCGAAUCCUUGCUCGCCGUCAGACAAUUGAGGAAAGAAAGGAACGCCUUGAAAGUCUCAAUAUCCAACGUGAGAAGGAAGAGUUGGAACAGCGUGAAGCUGAGCUCCAAAAAGUUCGCAAAGCAGAAGAGGAAAGAUUGCGUCAGGAGGCAAAAGAGAGAGAAAAGGAACGCAUUCUACAGGAACAUGAACAAAUCAAAAAGAAAACAGUUCGUGAACGUUUGGAACAGAUCAAGAAGACUGAGCUUGGAGCCAAGGCAUUCAAAGAUAUUGACAUUGAAGAUCUUGAAGAAUUGGACCCUGACUUCAUUAUGGCAAAACAGGUUGAACAGCUAGAAAAAGAAAAGAAAGAAUUGCAGGAACGUUUGAAGAAUCAAGAGAAGAAGAUUGAUUAUUUUGAAAGAGCAAAACGCUUAGAAGAAAUCCCACUGAUUAAGAGUGCAUAUGAAGAGCAAAGAGUCAGAGAUAUGGAUCUCUGGGAGCAGCAAGAAGAAGAACGGAUCACAACCAUGCAGCUAGAACGUGAAAAGGCCCUUGAACAUAAGAACAGGCUGUCAAGGAUGAUAGAAGACAGUGAAUUAUUUAUAACUAGGCUCAAAACAGCAAGAAAAUCUGUUUAUGAGGAAAAACUGAAACAGUUUCAAGAAAGACUUACAGAGGAAAGGUGUAACCGCUUAGAAGAACGCAAGCGACAACGCAAAGAAGAAAGACGCAUUACUUAUUACCAGGAGAAAGAGGAGGAAGAGCAGCGAUUGCUAGAAGAGAAGAUACUUAAAGAGCAAGAAGAAAAGGAACGUGUUGAACGUGAAAAACGUGAAAAAGAAAUGCGUGAAUAUCAGGAACGUGUUAAAAAACUAGAAGAGGUAGAAAGAAAGAAACGCCAAAGAGAGUUGGAGAUUGAAGAGAGAGAGCGCCGCCGAGAGGAAGAGAGGAGAAAUAUUGAAGAUCCGCUUUCAAGGAAGGAAUCCCGUUGGGGUGAUAGAGAUGGUGAAAGUACUUGGAGAAGAAGCGCAGAGCCAGAGUCAGAAUGGAGACGUCCACCCCCAGAAAGGGAUUGGCGUCGUGGAGAAGUACGUGAUGAUGAAAAAUCAGUGCAAAAAGACAGUGUGACUCCUCGUGCUACUUCACAAGACAGAGCAGAAUCUCCUCAUGAAGGAACAGAAGACAAAGUUUUGAAGAAUGAUCUUGAUGGCAAAGAUGAUAAAGGUCCUAGGAAAGUGCUGGAUGAUGACAAACCAAGUUGGCGUUCUACAGGAGAUGAUAAGGGCCCCAGGCGUAGCUUGGAUGAUGACAUGGGUCCCAGGCGCAGCUUGGAUGAUGACAGAGGCCCCAGGCGUGGCUUGGAUGAUGACAGAGGCCCCAGGCGUGGCUUGGAUGAUGACAGAGGCCCCAGGCGUGGCUUGGACGAUGACAGAGGCCCCAGGCGUGGCUUGGACGAUGACAGAGGCCCUAGGCGUGGCUUGGAUGAUGACAGAGGCCCCAGGCGCGGCAUAGCCGAUGACAGGGGCCCCUGGCGUGGUGGGGAUGACGACAGGGCCCCCAGGCGCGGUUUGGAUGAUGAUAGGGGUCCCAGGCGUGGUUUGGAUGAUGAUAGGGGUCCUAGGCGUGGUUUGGAUGAUGACAGACCAAGUUGGCGUAACGCAGAUGAUGACAAAGGCCCCAGGCGUGGCCUGGAUGACGAUAGGGCUCCCCGGCGUGGCCUGGAUGACGAUAGGCCCCCCCGACGUGGCUUGGAUGAUGACUGGGGCUCUCGGCGUGGCUUGGAUGAUGACAGGGCCCCCCGGCGUGGCUUGGAUGAUGACAGGGCCCCCCGGCGUGGCUUGGAUGAUGACAGGGCCCCCCGGCGUGGCUUGGAUGAUGACAGACCAAGCUGGAGAGCUACAGAUGAAGAUAGAGGCCCCAGACGUGGAAUGGAUGAUGACCGAAUUUCAAGACGUGAUGAGGAUAGAGGACCAUGGCGUAUUGCCGAUGAAGACAGGCAGUCACGGCGGGAUGAUGAUCGAGGCCCCAGACGUGGAGAUGAUGCCAGGCGUGGCGAUGAUUCCAGAUCUGGACCAUGGAGACCAUUUGGUAGACCAGGUGGAUGGAGAGAAAGAGAGAAGGCCCGUGAAGACAGCUGGGGACCUCCACGAGAUUCCAAACCUUCUGAAGAUCGUGAAUGGGAUCGAGAUAAAGAUCGUGACAAUGAAAAGGACCGAGAAUUUGAAAAAGAUCGUGAUACUGAUCGGGAAGAAGGUUCCCGACGCUCAAGGGAUGAUGCUGGCUGGAGAAGAGCGCCGGCUGAGGAAACUUCCAGCUGGAGAGACUCAGGACGUAGAGAUGAAUGGGACCGAGGGGGCCGUGACUCCAGGGAUGACCGGGGCAGUCGUGAUCUCCGAGAUCGGCGUGGUGAAGAGAGAGAAAGGAGAGGGCCGCCUCCUAGAACAGAUAGGGAGGAAGGGAGCUCUUGGAGACGUAGUGAUGACAGAAAGGAGGAACGUGAAGAACGUGAGCCUGUCCGAAGACCACCUCCUUCCACUUCUGCUUCUGUUUCUAAAGAGCGAGAAAAAGAUGAGGAGAAGGAGAAGGGUGGUGCCUGGAGAACAGAAAAGGAGAAAGAUAAAGAACGGGAAGCUCUCCGUCGCACUAAAAACGAAACUGAUGAAGAUGGUUGGACCACCGUGCGGCGUUAAGUUCAAGGCCCUGAAUGGCUUUAAGUUGGUGUUUAGCACUGAUUUGAUAACAUGUUAUAACAAUAUUGGUGCUUUAACACUCUUGAAUUGGAAUCAAUUAACAAUUUUUUUCUAGGUGAUGUGAAGGCAUGAAAUACCUUACUCUUAUGUAAACUGAUCAUGCAGAGAACUUGCAAUUCAAAGUUGGAAAUUAAAUACAGGUUAUCUGAAAUUUCAAAAGUUGUAUAUGUCACAGAUUGCUUGGUGGUAAGAAAUAAACAAAUAAACUGUAGUUACCUUUGAGUGGCAUGUGUAACUCAGUCAGAAAUAAAGCCUGGUUUUUAUUUUAACUAGCUCUUCACCUGGAAAUGGGUGUGAUCUACAAAGCAUGUUUGAAAGUACACUUCUAGUUACUUAAAGUGAACGCUUUGUAAGACUGUUCUGUCUAAAGUAAAUAUAAGUGGAAAUUUCCUAUAUUGAUGGCAAGAAAAUUUUGCUGGUGGUAUCAUAUCAAUUCAGUAUGUUUUAAUUUGAAUUACACACAAAUACGUGUUACAAAUCUUUUAGCUACACUGGGAUUUUUUUGGGGUAGAUUACUUGAAUGCAUACACUCUUUAUCAAGCCAUUUUUCCAGUUUUUGGUUUUCAUAAUGAAUGCCACUGCAAUGUCAAAACAAGAAAGACUUAAAACUUAAAGGCAUUUGAAAAAGCAUAGUGCUGAGAGUUGUCUUUUUCCUGCUGCAUAUAAACUUUUUUCCUGCUGCAUAUGCUUUUUCUGUUAUCGAUGAUUCAUGCUCUCUGAAGCAUUUAUAUAGUGUCAUAUUUCAGAUAUAUGCUCUGAAGGAACUGCUCACUUACCUCCCCCUCCCACCUUCUUUCCCAAUUUCUUGUCUUCAGGGUAAGUGCUUUACCAUUAAAAACGAAGUGCUUUGUAGUAAGGGCUGGGUUGACUUCAAUUUUGGGAGUGAAUUAGCAAAGUUAAUGAUUGUUUUUAAUUGAAGCCAACACAGAACUUGCUGCUAUGUGUUACCUUCAAUGAUAAAUAAACUUAACAAAAUAAGGUGA